GGGAUUGAUUUGCCGCCGCCAUUUGUUCACCCCAAACCCUAAAAAGCAAAAUGACACGAAACGGAAUGGUCUCUGACUUUGAGAUGGAGCCAUGAAAAUAGAAUGGAGAUCUGGAGUCUUCCCUUUUCCCCCUCUCAGAGGGCCAAGCUCCUUUCAGCUGGCUACACUUAUCUCCACUCUUUCUCUCAUCUCUCCCCUUCCGCUCUCGCCGCAGAUUUAGAUGUUUCUCCACAAGAGGCAUCGGAUGUUUUAAGGGUUGUAACACAGGCAGGAAUGAUGCGCAAGCCCGAUUCUAUUGUUGCUGGUGCACAGACAGCAUGGGACAUUCUUUGCGAGGAUCGGACAAUGAAUCAUAUUACAACAUCUUGUGAAGAUCUAGACGGCAUCUUAGGUGGAGGCAUUAGUUGCAAGGAGAUCACUGAAGUCGGUGGCGUCCCUGGCAUUGGUAAAACACAACUAGGUAUUCAAUUGGCAGUCAAUGUGCAAAUCCCAGUUGAGUACGGUGGUCUUGGGGGAAAAGCAAUUUAUGUAGAUACAGAGGGAAGCUUUAUGGUGGAGCGUGCUUUUCAAAUUGCUGAGUCCUGCAUCCAGGACAUAAUGGAUAAGGUUCUUCAAACUGACGAUGUUGGUGUUUGCCAAGAAAAUUUGCAUGUAAAUGCUAUUCUUGCAAACAUAUUCUACUUCCGCAUCUGCAGCUACACUGAGCAAAUUGCUGUUGUAAAUUACUUGGAGAAAUUUAUUUCAGCUCAGAAAGAUGUUAAAAUUAUUAUUAUAGAUAGUGUCACUUUUCACUUCCGCCAGGAUUUUGAUGAUUUGGCCCUUAGAACUCGAGUUCUUAGUGCAUUAGCGCAGAAGAUGAUGAAACUUGCAAAGAAGUUUAACCUUGCGGUUGUACUGUUGAACCAAGUAACUACAAAGUGUACCGAUGGUUCGUUCCAAUUGACUCUUGCAUUGGGUGAAAGUUGGUCUCAUGCCUGCACAAACCGCAUUAUUUUAUAUUGGAAAGGCAAUGAAAGGUGUGCAUACCUAGAUAAAUCACCCUCUCUGCCAUUGUCUGCGGCUCCAUUCUCUGUAACAACAAAGGGGAUCAGGAGUGUCGCAUCCAGCUGUAAAAGGAUGAGGACGACAUAAGAGGUAUGGGGAUGCAGUUUGUGUGGAUUUUCAAUCGGGUGCAUAUCCUUUCCUGUUGAAGUGCUGCCAAGGGUGGUCUGCUUGUCCUUUAUCAGCAUUGAUGCUGGGAAGCUGUAUACAACUUAAAGUGGCCUCCUUUUGUUAUGCGGUAUUUUUUGGCGUUUGGAUUUCUUACAUGUUGUUAGGCUUGACAAGAUCUUGUGUCCAUAAAUAUGUGUUGUUUGCCUUCUUGGAGCCCCUAGAUGAGUUCGUGAAUGCCUAAUUUGCACAUGGUUGUCGAGCCAAAACCGACUGGCAGUCUGCUGAGAUAUUUGCGUUCCAUAAUACAUUAAGAUAGCCUGAGCCAUCAGUAUUUCAUGAGAUCCACUAAACAGUGUAUACUUUUGAAAGAUCUACCAAACAAAUGAAUAUGCAUUUGCAUUAUGUGCAUCAGGGAUGCAUUUUGUUUCUCAUCUACCAGUGACCAGCAUUGAGUUAUAUGCACGUUCUCUACUUCAAUCAUUGUUUCUCAGCUACCAGCAUUGAGUUAUGUGCACCUUCUUUGCUUUAAAUCAUCACUUGUAUCGGUUAGGGCUAUAAUGAAAAGAGCCUCUUUAAUAGAUGUUUUGUGGUAUCUUUGAAACUAUUGUUGUAGAUGCCACUGCUUCGUGCUAUGGUUCUUGAGAUGGGACUCUGAAUGAGAUUAAUGUAAACAACCUGAGAGCAAUAUACAAUUUCCCCUUCAGAAAUUAGCAAUCUAUAGAAACUUUCAGUUGUC